CGGGCCUUCGACGGGCGCAGGCUUCACCGCUGAUCGGUGGUACCGCGCGCGAGUCAUGGAACCACCUUGCGCGAUCACGGCGCGGGUCAAGAAACGGCCGGAUUCGUUGCGCGUCGAGCUGCUCACCCCGAUCCAGGAGAACGCGCUCGUAAAUAACUUCGGGGAGGUGCCGGAGUACGAGGGGGCCGUCAAGAUUGGAUUCAGGGGUAUCACGUACACUGUCGCCGAAGGGAUUUUUGUUAGAAAACGGCGGAAGUUGCUAGACAAGAUAAAUGGAGAAUUCCUAGGUGGCGAACUUACCGCAAUUAUGGGACCUUCAGGUUGCGGGAAAACUAGCCUGAUGAAUAUACUCGCAGGUUUCACGACUUCAGGAGUUGUUGGUGAAAAACUUUUAAACGGCAUGUCGAGAGAUGAAGGUGUCCUCAGAAGAAACUCUUGUUAUAUAAUGCAAGACGACAAGCUGCAACCGUUGCUGACUGUCCAAGAAGCGAUGUCAGUAGCUGCCGAUUUGAAACUGAAAUGUUCGAAACAGGAGAAACAGGACAAGAUUGACGAAAUCAUGAAAUCGAUGAACCUGACAUCACACAAGAGAACAAGAACCGUGAAUUUAUCAGGAGGCCAGAAAAAAAGACUGUCAAUAGCUUUAGAACUGUUAAAUAAUCCACAAGUAUUGUUUUUCGACGAACCAACAAGUGGUUUGGACAGCGUAACUUCCAAGCAAUGCGUAGCGCUGCUGAAACAGCUCGCAAUGACCGGCAGAACAGUGAUCUGCACGAUCCACCAACCAAGCGCCACAAUUUUCGAGAUGUUCGACCACCUUUACGUGUUGUCGAGUGGCAAAUGCAUAUAUCAAGGCUCUGUAAAGGGAUUGCUGCCUUAUUUGGAGGAGGUUAACUUGAGGUGUCCGAAUUAUCACAACCCUGCCGACUACUUGCUAGAAGUCGCCACAGGAGAAUAUGGAAACUACACCGAAAUUCUUGCUGAGAAAUCAGAAAAUGGGGUCAGUCAAGAUUGGAGAAAAAGGCAGAGGAAUUCAAUAGAACUAGAAUCUCUACAACAUGUGGAAAACCUGAUGAAAUCUGGCAAGAUAACUCCGAUAAGAGCACCGCCGUUGAUCUUUCCCAAAGCGUCCGUCCAAAAAUAUAACUGUGAUAACUCGAGUAUUUCGAAAUCUACCAAGUGCAGCCCUACGUGCCGAAGAACAUCAUUUUCUUAUCAGCUUUUGGUGCUGCUGAAACGAAACUUCGUGAUACUCACCAGGGACAGAACUUUGACCUUUUCCAGACUGUUGACCCACGCGGUCAUAGCUUUGUUUAUAGGAAUUUUAUACUAUGGAAUCGGCGUAGACGCCUCGAAUAUGCUCAACAAUUUCAACUUUGUCUUUUUCACGGUCAUGUUUCUCAUGAUGACUGCCUUCAACUGCAUCACUACCACCUUUCCAUCCGAGUUACCAAUAAUAGCAAGAGAAAACUUCAACAAAUGGUACUCACUUAAAACAUAUUACAUAGCAGUUUCCUUGGCUGAUGUGCCAGUACAGGUAACUGCCACCAUAAUUUACGCCUUAAUAACGUACUUCAUGACUCAUCAGCCGAUAGAGCCAUAUAGGAUAGGACUGUUUCUUUUUAUGUGUAUAUUGAUAUCGCUAGUUGCUCAAAGUUUUGGACUUUUCAUCGGAGCCUGUAUGGAGACCAAGAACGGCGUAAUCUUCGGUCCCUUUUGCCUCCUUCCCUUCACAAUCUUCUCAGGCUUCUUCGUACAGCUGAACGCGUCUCACCCUUACCUGCGUUGGCUCUUCCACGUCUCCUUCCUGAAAUACGGCCUGGAAGGGCUCAUGCUCUCCAUCCUGGGCUACGACAGGCCCAAACUGCCCUGCGAAGAAGCGGAUUACUGCCAUUACGUCUACCCCGAGAAGUUCCUCGGACAGAUGGACAUGGACCAGGCGCGUUAUUGGGUCGCAGUCACGUUCCUUGUGGGACUGUUUUUCGCUAUCAGGAUCGCCGCGUUCUAUGCGCUCAAGGUGCAGAUUCGGUAUAACAAAAAUAGGAGGUAGCAGUGAGUGUUUGUUAGAUCGGUGUUUAUACGAAAACUAAGGUAGAUGCAAAAAUAUACUCAGGCCUGUGCAAAAUUUGUGACCUAGACCCAAAGUCUACCAAUCGAAAAGUGGGGUUUGCAUUACAGUUGCAAAUUCGAUGAAUCAAAAAUAAGCAUCAUGUCCAUUGAGGUUAGCGACAAAAACCUAUUUUUUUACUGGUCAGUCAAAUUAGAUCAUUAAUGUUUGUCUUUGCUGUACAAAAAUCUUCUUAAUAAAUUCUUUGACAUAGACAUAAAUUAACGCAAUGCUUAUUCUUUAACAAACAUCUUGUAUUAUUUUUUCGCUUAUAAUCGGUAGACCAAAAACCUAAGCGUAUAAAGACUACGAUCCUCUUUUGUAGAGGAUACAACUUUCUAGACAAAUACCAGAAUUGAUGACCGUACCAGAAGUUAUCGUGCGCCACUGCUUUCUUCCCUAUUAGAAUGAACAUCUUGAUCGGAUUCCAUUAUUAAUGAUAAUCAACUUUUAUAUUUUGCCAUAUUUGAGGUGCUAUGUAAAUACAAUGUAAUAUAUAUUAUUAUAUAUGAAAUAUAUUUUAUACAGUAUA